UUGCAUGUGGACUUCAAACGCAAAGGCCUAAUGCACUGUAAAAUUACCAAACAAAUUUUCUAUAACUAUAAAUAACAAAAAACUUCUAAACCUUGGUCACUUUGACUCGCAUUCAACUCUGAAACACCCUGCAAUCAAAAGAUAUUCAGUUGUACCUAAUCUGGUACAGGGUUUUCGCCGAGUAGACCUUCAAGAAACAUUAUUUCGAGAUUAGCACCAUUGCCGUUGUUUAAAGUUGCAAAAAUGAGCAUUUUUGUACAAAAAAUCAACCCCUUAACCGGUCACAAUGACUGGGUAAUCCAAAACGAAGAUUACGAUUACCAUCAGGAGGUGGCCCGAUCAGCAUUUGCAGACAUGCUGCACGAUUCUGAACGAAAUCAGCUCUAUGAGAAAGCCCUCAAAGUGGCAAUUGAUAAGAUGCACUCGAUAGGGAAACAGGCCUACGUCUUGGACAUAGGGACUGGGACAGGGCUAUUGUCAAUGAUGGCAGCUAGAAAUGGGGCUGAUAAAAUUACUGCAUGCGAAGCCUUUAAGCCCAUGAGUCAAUGUGCUAUGAAUAUUUUAAAAUUGAAUGGGUUUUCGGAUAAAAUUAAGGUGAUACCAAAGAGGAGUACAGAGUUAACUGUAGGUAAAGAUGGGGACUUAGCUGAGAAAUGUAAUAUACUGGUAACUGAGGUGUUUGAUACUGAGCUUAUUGGGGAAGGGGCCCUUUCAACUUUUGAUCAUGCCCACAAGUUCUUGCUGGACAAAGACAGUAUUGUUAUUCCAGAUAAUGCCACCGUUUUCGCACAGGUUGUAGAAUGCCCGUUGGGUCAAAACUGGAACAAACUCAAGGAUAUAUACAAUGAAGACUUGGAAGUUUUAAUUCGCAUUCCCGAAUCCAUUAAAAAUUGUCCUGGUUCUGCAGCCGUGCAUGAUAUCCAGCUGAGUCAACUACCACUAGAAUCAUUCAAUACAUUCGUGCCUCCUACCCCUGUUUUAAGAUUUGAUUGGUCAGGAAAAACUCCCUUUGUCUUCCAAAGAUCUACAAUACACACUUUGAAGUCACUGAAGCAUGGAAAGGCCCAAAUGGUAUUCAUGUGGUGGGAACUUCAAAUGGACAUCAAUGCAGAACAUAUUCUGAGCUGCGCCCCUUACUGGGCACACCCAAAGUCGAAAGAUCGGAUCACAACCGACAUUCCUUGGCGGGAUCACUGGAUGCAGGCUAUCUAUUACUUGCCUCAAGAACUCAAUCUUGAAGAAGGGCAAGAGAUUCAUCUAAUAAGCUGCCAUGACGAAUAUUCCUUAUGGUUCAAUCUUACCACAACACUGAAGUUAACCGAAGUGGAUUAUCUGAAUCCCAUUUGCCAGUGUGGUUUACAUGUGGCUUUCUCCAGGACAAGAAUAGGCCAACUGAAUGAUGCAAAAAGAAACAAAAAAUAUUUCAAACUAUUUGAAGAACACAUCAAACCCGACUCAAACAUUCUCUUUUUGAGCGAUGGUUUUCAUUAUGGUUUGGUUGCCUCGAAAUUGGGUGCCAAACAGUUGUACUUUUUGGACACCAAUCUGCUUUCUCGCAGAGUUUUGCAGGAGUUUAUCACUUACAAUGAAAUUAGCAACGCACAGAUACUGGAGCAAGCCGACGACUUGAAGAAUAUUGAUCUGGAUAAUGUAAAUAUCGUGUUUGGAGAACCGUACUUUACUAGCAGCAUUUUACCUUGGGACAAUUUGCUCUUUCUGUACUUGAGCGAUAAUAUUCGAACUCUACUAAGUAAGAAUGUGAAAGUAUUUCCCAAAAGUUGUGUUAUUAAAGCAGUAGCUGUUCAUUUCGAUCACUUGCACAAAAUCAGGGCGCCUCUUGGCAAUUGCGAAGGAUUCUUGAUGAAAGACUUUGAUAAUCUAAUUUUGGAAUCGAGUAACAUUAGUGACGAUAAUGUGGAAGCCCAACCUCUUUGGGAAUACCCAGCAACAGCGUUAAGCCAAGAGGUCCAAAUCGCCGAAAUUAAUUUGCUCUCAAAACACAAGAAUCCGUUUGAGUGCAGAGGAAGCAUUGAUAUAAAAGAUUUUAGGAAUCUACCAUGUAAUGGAGUCGCGCUAUGGGCCAAUUGGAAUUUAGACGACUCCCCAAAGAGAACAGUCUCAACUGGUCCGGUUGGGGAAAUUAUUUUGGGCAAAAAGAUUCAAUGGGACAUGUACACGAGACAAGGAGUUUGCCUGUUCUCAAACAAGUUAUCUUCACGGCUUGAGUACAAUUUUACCUUUGAUGUUAAUGAAGGCAGCAUUAAUUUUCAAAUGUUAACAUGAAGUGAAAUAUAGAGUGGUAAUAUU